AAUUGUACCAGACAUUGACACUAACAAUACUGACAAGGAAUUUCAUACUUCAAUCCUAAAAUCGCAACACUUUUAGCUUUUAAUCAUCUUACAGUGAGACUGAAAUGAAUCUAAAAUUUUGGGAGAAAUUUAAGCUAAAAGACGACUUGACAGCUUUAGACAGACUAACCUUAGGCCUUGCCGAAUUUUUCGGUACUGCGAUUCUGAUGUUUGGGGGCUGUCUAGGCUGUGCACAUUACGCCCCGGGUCCAGGAAUCCCGAGACCCCUAUUCCAAAGUGGGAUGGCAUUCGGCUUCGCCAUUGUAGCGGCCAUACAAUCUUUUGGCCACAUUUCCGGAUGUCACAUCAAUCCUAUCAUAACACUCGGUGCCUUCAUUGUCGGGGCACUUCCCCUUAUUGAAGUGCCCGUUUAUUUGGUGGGGCAGUUUUUGGGAUCACUGGCUGGGUUUGGCCUGGUCCGAUUGUUACUCUUGGACGAUUAUAUUUUUGGAAACGUUCCCGGAGCUAAGGAGGCAGGGAUUUGUGCAAUAGGACUAAACACGGACUUAACACCGUUACAGGGAUUAUUGGUAGAAGUUUUGAUUUCUUUCAUUUUGGUAACGAUCGCUUGCUCGGUUUGGGACGAGAGAAAUGUGAAUAAUCUGGACACCGUUUCAAUGAAGUUUGGGCUUGGGGUCGCCUCGAUCGUAAUUGCAGCAGGUCCAUACACAGCAGCUCAUAUGAAUCCAGCUAGAACAUUAGGACCAGCCGUUCUAAAUGGAUUCUGGGAUUACCACUGGAUUUUUUGGGUUGGUCCUUUAACUGGUAGUAUCCUGGCUUCAUUACUUUACAGUAUUCUUUAUAGGGAAAAGAUAAAAGUCUCUGGGCAUUCUUCCCUAAUGGACAAAAUCACAAUUGCCCUUGCUGAGUUUUUCGGGACUGCAAUUCUGCUAUUCAUCGGGUGCUUGGGAUGCACUUACCGAUUUCCUGCAGGGAUUGGGGUCAAAGGAGUGGAGGAUUUGUUGCACGGUUCUUUUGCGUUCGGUUUGGCCGUCAUGAUUGCCAUUCAGUGUUUUGGGCACAUUUCAGGGGGGCAUGUUAACCCCAGCCUGACUAUCGCUGCCGUAAUUGUGGGAUAUGUUCCACUUGUGGACGCUUUGUUCUUCUUUUUGGGCCAGUUUCUGGGCGCAAUUUGUGGUUUUGGGCUGAUGAAACUCCUGAUUCCGGUUAGAUAUAUACAUGCGCUAGCACUGAGCACUUCGGAAAAAGCAGCCAGUGAUUCUGCCGGAGUUUGCUCCGGUGUUAUGCACAUUAGAGAUGAAAAUGGAAUCGUUAUGGAGUUUUUCAUGACUUUCGUUCUGGUUUUGGUGGCUUGUGCAGUCUGGGAUGCUAGAAAUAAAACCAAAACUGACUCCACGCCAAUUCGGUUUGGCCUAACUGUGGUCGGCAUUGCUAUUGCCGCGGGGCCGUACACAGGAGGUCAUAUUAAUCCUGCGAGAACCCUUGCUCCUGCUAUUUUGAAUAACUACUGGGUAUCACACUGGGCAUACUGGGUUGGACAAUUAGCAGGUGCUUUUGGUGCUUCCCUAAUUUACAGCAUUCUCUUCUCUAGCAGUGAAUCCAGCGAAGCUCCAACAUACGACGAAGAAAAAAAUUAAAUAUUUCUGAAGUAUGGUUGCGUACUUU